UUUUUUUGUUUUGGUCUUUUACUUACGUAUGUUUUGUUAUUUGUAUUGCGUUUUAGCUUCUUAAGUAGGUUUUCCCACUAGAGAAGCUUUCCUAGAAUCUGAAUUAACUUGUUUGCCCACUUUUUUCUAUUUUCUACUGCACAGAUUUCCCCUAAAACAACACAAACUCAAAUCAGGAAUGUGGCAGAUGAGUGCAGCUGUCUUUGUCUACAACUAAAUGACAUGUCUAACCAAAAAAGUGGGCAAACUUAGGUGGUGGUGGGGCGAGAUGCGAUUUUGUUGCUGCUUUGUAUUUUCCCUCUAAAGGGUUAAGUUUUAAGUUCUUCAAGGAAAUCAUAGCAGUGCAUUGCUACCAUGUAAAAUGUUAUUGUGACUAUAUUCACUCUGACAGCCUCUCAUCUCUCUGAUAAAGAGUUUUUUUCUACCCGUCUGCACGGCACAUAUCUUAUCUUCAACAAGUCUUUUAACAGAAACAGUCAGCAAACAUAUAGACAUAAAACUAAAUGUUGAUUUUAUUUAGGCUUUCAUUUACGGACGCUGAAGGUCCGUAAAAUGCCAAUGGGCAUGUUUCAUGUGGGUUUCGUCUAGUUAGGAAGUCAUUACAGUUUUAGAAUAUGACAUUUGUGUAAGUUAAUUUAAUUCAUUCAAAAUAAAUGUUAUUGAUUUUGGACACAAUGUUUUUGCAAAAUGAUUGUAGACUUUUGUUUCCGACUAUAAGUUUCUUCAAACUUAACCUUUCAGGUUUUGUAGGUUUUCAUAUCAGUGUUGAACUGAGUUAUAUUGCACAAAUGUUCAUAGUUUUUGGCAUUAUUUUAUCCCCAAAACAUUUUCAAUUCGAAAACUUGAGAAAACAAACAAAACAAAAAAGAAACUAUGUAAGAAAAAGAUUGUAACUCAUUUUCUAAAGAAGGCAUUUUAUUUCCUUUUGUGAAGUGAAGAAUGUGAAACUGAAAAAUAUUUUAGCUUGCUAGAAGCAGACAUCAAGUUCUGUUUUAAGAGCUCAAACCCACUACUAUUGUGGAUGUCCGUUUUGAGGAACAAGUGUUUGAAGGCUCAAUGUCGUCUUAUUUUAUUAACUUAAUUUGUACUAAAAAAUGUGAACAUGAUGCUUUAAAGUAUAGAUGGAAGAUCAGAAAACAUCAAAGACUGAAGCAGAAAUGCAUAACGAGACAAAAUCAUAUCAAAAUCAUUUGGAGUGUGUAGUAAUAUGUCCUUUCGUGUUCUGCAGAACUCCUAUUAAACAUGGAAAUGGAGGCUUCUGAAGACUAUUCUGCAAGUAACGGUCAAUGCUCUCCUGGUAAGGAGAACUCAAGAAUGUUGGUUGAUAUGUCUGCACCUAAUGGACAGACUGCUCUUCCAGGUCCUAAUUCCCCCAGUGAAAGAAAAAUUAAGCAAGAAGAAGAAACUGUUGAAAAGGAGGACAGCGACCCAACACCUGAAGAAAUGGGACAAAUGCUGGAUGACGGAGUGUCAUUGGAAGACUCUGCAGCAGACAGUCCAUCUAACACACAAGACGGGUUAUCUGGAACAAACCCAUCCUUUGAUGGCACUAUUAGACCACCAAAUGGCGAGAGGCCCUUCCAGUGCAACCAGUGUGGUGUUUCGUUCACCCAGAAGGGGAAUCUGCUGCGACACAUCAAGCUGCACACUGGUGAAAAACCCUUCAAAUGCCCUUUCUGUAACUACGCUUGCCGGCGCCGUGAUGCCCUCACUGGUCAUUUGCGCACUCAUGCUGUUGGAAAACCACACAAAUGUAACUAUUGUGGACGGAGUUACAAACAGCGCACGUCUCUAGAGGAGCACAAAGAGCGCUGCCACAGUUACCUGCAGGGCAUCGGUUUGGAUCCCGGCAGCAACACUGGUACCUACACAGAUGUUCCAAAAGAAGCCAGACCCUCUGCAGAACCCAACACCAUGGCUACCUAUGAACGGCCCCCUGUAAUCGAAAAACUUAACAGCAAUUUAGGCAAGAGGAAGAGCACCACGCCUCAGAAAUUUGUGGGAGAAAAGCCUGCACGCUACAGCUAUCCUGAUUUAGGCUAUGAGAUGGGCCUUAAGUUUGAAAAGCAGGCCGAGAUGUUACCGCCCCAUAUGAUGGACCAGGCCAUCAAUGAUGCCAUGACAUAUCUGGGAACAAAUAAUCUGCGCCCAGUGCUCCACCAUCCAGGUCCUCCUCUGUCCAUGACAGAGGUGAUGCCCAUGAUCAACCCCAUCUACCACCCUGCCGUCAUGUCGCUGGGCCAUCGAACAGAGUGUCGAGGAAACUCGGAAACUCUUCCACCUCAGCCCGCUCACUUUCUCAACCAUCCCACUUUAAAUGGCCCAACUGCCUUAACCAGACAGAGCAAGUCCCUUCAAUCAGCACAAGAGGAAUCCCCCAACAACAGUGGUAUUGACUCUGCUGACUCGGCUCGCAGCAGUCCUCAGGACAAGCAGAGCUACCAUGGCAGCAAUGUUCCCGCAGGCCUCAGGUCCCGAGGCAGUCCAGCUGUGCACUGUUUGAAUGAUCGGGCUCCAGACGUGUCACCAAGAAGCGGUGUGAGAGUGGGAAUGCGCGUUCCUGCAGAAAGGCCCGCAAGCAACGAGGGGGUGCGAGUGUUUGGACGAGAGGGGAAUGAGCUGCGGGCCUUCCAGUGCGAGCACUGUCAAGUUCUCUUCCUGGACCACGUCAUGUACACCAUUCACAUGGGUUGCCAUGGAUACAGAGAUCCACUGGAGUGCAACAUCUGUGGCUACCAGAGCAAAGACCGCUAUGAGUUCUCCUCACACAUAGUCCGUGGAGAGCACACCUUCCACUGAGGGGAGGAGCAGGAACCAAGAAGAGUCCAAAAACAAAAGGAGCCACAGUUACUCAUCCUUAUCUCCUCUGAAAACUCCACAGGUGAACGGCACUGCAGUGUAGCACAAAGACUAUAUUUUAAGAUGCUGUCUGUUCAUUGGAACUCUUGAACAGUCAGACAAAGAAUGGGCCAAAGACAUAUUUUCUAUUUAAAAUGCUUAGAGGAAAGAAGGUAAGAUUUUAUUUGGGUUUUGUUGUUGUUGUUUUUCUUCUCUCUCUUUUCUCAUGUUAAACAGAGCAGCUGUCAGAUCACGUAUACAUUUUUCCUCCAAAUAAUAUUUGAAAGGGUCUCCAUUUAUUCUUGUGCCUUCACACAGAGAAAAAAAUCAUGUUGCCUUGAUGGGCUCACUAUGGUGGAUAGAAUCAUUAGGUUUCCACUCAGCCCCAAAAGAAUUUUGUGGGGUUGUUUUGGGUUUUAGGAAAGACAAAAAAAAUACACCAACAAGGGAAUCAAAUUGCUGAACAAAAGGGCUGAAAACAUUUGGACUAUUUUUGCUAAUUGAUUAGCAACUUUUUUUCUGAUACUUAUGUCCAAAAAUGUACAACAGUAUUUAACAAAUUAUAAAUAUUGAUGGUAUUUUCCAGAAAUUGGGAUAUUUUACAGGAUUCCAAGCUGAAAAGCUUUGGUGCCAUUGUCAAAACAUGGCAAUCAGUAUGAAGAAAUUAAGCAAAGUGCAUUUAGGCUCAAAUAAAUUAUUUUGCCAUUUACAUAUAUCUGGAUUUCUUUUUUAGAUUUUAUGGUAAACUAAAAAUCUAUACAUUUUGUUAACACAGAGGUAAGACCAUUCAAAUUAAAAAUUUAUAUUAUCAUUACAAUUUAACAUUUUUAAAAAGUCAAUUUUCUUUUAUUCUAUAGCAGUAUAAUGAUUGAACUGUAUUAAUAUGGGAACAUUUGUAAUUCAUUUACAGAAUUACACUGGAGCCAGUUAGAAAUAACUAAUCUAUUUUGCCAAUUUUUUUGGUUUGGGAUUGAAAAGUGUUGUUACAGUUUCCAUUCAAACUCACUGUAGACAUUUGGCUUUUUGUACCUCUUUCUAUCCAUCAUAAUCAGCCUCUAUUCAUCAUGCCUUCAAAAAGUAAAACCAUUGAUUGUAAACUAAAAACAUAAAUAGGAAAGUACACAAAGUGUCUGCUAAUUAUUCUCGUCAAACCUGUGACCUUAAAAGACAUCCUCCUUUGUAAGCCUUCAAGGUGAUCCACAUGACUAACUAGCAAUUUGUCUGUUUCCUUUCUCAAAUGUCAAUAUAUCCGGGUGUCUGAUUUGUUGUGUUGCGUGAACUUUAAUUCGCCAUCUGAUACACAAAGCUGGAGGAGUACAUCCGCAGUUAAAAAAAUAGUGAAUAAGAAAAUGUUGAUUAGGUUUCGCCUUAAGGAUCUGCAUAAGAGCAUGGCUGCAGUUUAGUGCUUUAGGACAAUGGGUAUCAAACAAAGAUGCAGCUAGAAUGAAUGCUUUCUGGCCUUACUUAACUUUUUUUUUUCCAAGGAUUGAAUACAUUGUGAGGUUUACAGCACACUUGCUGAAUGUGUAUGUUAAAACCGCCUUAAACCCAUUUUGAAAUAUCCACUAGCAAAACUAUUUCCUAUCUGUGUAACAUAGACAAAAUAGAGAAACCCCAAAGUGUCUCUAAAGCUAUAAGUUGAACGCUGGUAUGCCCCCUUCCCACCCACACUCUAUCAUGACUAGAAUGCUGUCUUAAUACACCUGCCUUUUUUGUUUUUGUUUUUUUGUUUUUCACUUUACCACCAUCUCAUAGCACACAUACCCUAAUAGCUGGUGCUGUCUCCGUCUGGCUCUUGGAGCUGCUGUAAAAUCUCCGUCGUGUCUGACUUUUUACAAGGAAGGAUCAAGAACAGGGGCAGCACAAACUGAAGGAUAAGCGUGUGGUAGGGUUGGUCAUCAUUUCCAAAAUACUUACUACUAAUUCCAAUGGCCUAAAUCUAAAACCGGUUCUUUAACAAUAUAUUUUUUUCCAACAAAAAUUAAAGGAAAGAUUUCUAACAAAACAUGUUAGAACGUUUGGCUUUAUUACAAGUGUUAAGUCCAUUCACAGACUUAUCUUUUCAACCAAUGUAGAAAGAAACAAGCGGAAGAUGAAAUGCAUAUUAUUACCGCAACAUGUGACAAUAUAGUUCAAGCAAAUCUAUGAUGUAUGUGAGGAAUAAUGCUACUGACCAUUACCUGAAGUAGGCACGAUGAGUUUUCUGACCCACUGACAUUCUCUCUGGUAUCACAAUUUGGCAUUAUUCUUGUAAUGCUUGAUAGUAUCAAUGCAAUGGAGUCUGUUUUUAAAAAAAGUGCUUAACUCCAUACCCAGCCCUGGUGUGUGAUUAUCAAUGAAGAGGAAGUUACCACAUAGUUGGUUUACUUUUACUUUUUAGUGGCUCAUGGAAAAAAGUAAGACAAUCCUACCAUAUUGCAUUGAAGGAUAACGCAUUCUAAUCCAUAAGGCCAGUUCUUCUAAAUAGCCACUGUCUCCAUUAGGAAAGGAGUCAGCUGAAACUGUGCUUGGUACAGUUGGUAAUGCACUUUAUGUCUAUAGGGAAAUACCUGGCAUUAUUUUUAGUUUAACACAUUUGUUUUCUGAUUUCAUUAAUUUUCUGGCAAUUAUUGUUUUUUUUUAAUGCUCAAAGGAUAAACUUUCUGAUUUUUAUAUCUAUUUGGAGUCAAAAGGCAGCUUGAUCACUUUUUAUUUGUUGCCUCUUUACAUAAUGAACAACUUUUUGCAAAGCUCUGGCUUGAACAUUGUUUACAUCUUCCAUUAUAAGUUUAACUUAACCCGGUUUAAAUUCAACUUGCUCUCUUUGCAUCACUUUUUUCCCCUUUUCAUCUAUAUAAUGAGCCUUAUGUAAAAUAAUACAAGGGGGGGGGGGGACAUGUCUGCCUCCUUUUUAAAGGGGUCUUUACUUGAAACUUUCAAUCUUUGCUAUUGCUACAGAAAUUCCGGGGAUGUGAUUUGUAAAUUUUAAAGAUAGGCGUGCGAAAUAUCUAUUUUUCUGCUGAAUUAUUGAUAUGAGUUGUGUAUUUUGUGUGUUUUUGAAGUUUAAACAUGUUUACAAAAAUUGUUAAACACAGGGUUCUGGGUGACUCGUGCUCUCAAGGAGGAUAAGAAACAACUGGCACUGAAUGUUAGAAUUAUCCAGGCUUGUAUGUUGAUUGAUCAGUUUCUACAGCGUUGCUGACUUUCUUAUGUGAGGGCUCUCAGGUAAAAUACAUAAGCUUUUUUUAGUGUCCAAAAAUGGAAUCUUUCAUUUUUAACUAGUACAGAAAAAGACACACAAACCAUAUAUUAACAAAAUGAAUUCACGACUCUGACUGGUGAAGGAGGUCUGAGGAUCAGCCCUUUUGGUCUGCCUGACUGUUUUUUUUUUUUUUUGUUGCUCUUUUGCAUUAAUGACCUUACAUGAAGACACACUGCUGUGAAGAAUAAGAUGGUUAUUUUUCUUAAAGUAAUUACUGGUUUUACCCUCUUGUUGUGAAUUUUGACACUGGAAAUAAAACUUAUUGUUGUACAAUCAUGCAAACUGUACUUUUGUUCCAAUUAAAAGGUAUUAUGAGAAA